AUGGCGAUGAGACGUUCAUCCCACGACGGCAACUCAGUCCUCACACAGCAGGCUGACGCCACCUCCUCGUCCAGUGGUGGCAAUGGUGAUGGCAAUGCGACCAAGGAGGAAGUAGGUUGGCGGAGAAUCGUCCGAAACUUCACGCCCUCGUGGUUUGCCGUCAACAUGGGCACCGGCAUCGUCUCCAUCCUGUUCCACUCCCUGCCUUACACCACCUCGUGGACCACCUAUGUUGCCUAUGUCUUCUUCGCCAUCAACGUCGCACUCUUCCUUGUCUCCACUGGCAUCACCAUUGCCCGCUACGUCUUAUACCCCGAGAUAUGGACCGCAAUGGUCAACCACGCGGGCCAGAGCCUGUUUCUAGGCACAUUCCCCAUGGGUUUGGCAACGAUCAUCAACAUGAUCGUCUUCUCGUGUUCACAGUGGGGCGACGGAGUGGUCUACUUCGCAUGGGCCUUGUGGUGGCUCGAUGUUGUUCUGUCUCUCGCCUGUUGCAUCUCGAUGCCCUUCAUGGUCCUCCACAGACACAGGCCCCAGCUGCAGCAGACGACAGCCGCCCUCCUCCUUCCUGUGGUCCCCGCCGUAGUUGCCUCCGCUUCGGGCGGCAUUCUCGCUGCCCAUCUGCCGUCCCGCGACCACGCCGUCACCACCCUCGUCGCUUCCUACGUUCUCUGGGGGCUAGGCGAGGCCUUUACCAUGUGCAUCCUCGCCAUGUACUUCCACCGCCUUAUGGUCCAUCACCUCCCCCCGCGCGAGCUCAUCGUCUCUGUCUUUCUUCCCGUCGGCCCCCUCGGCCAGGGCGGCUUCGCCAUCCAGCAGCUUGGCAGUACCGCCGCCGCCCUGGACUUUCUGCCGUUGACCACUGGUGCUGACGCCGGUUUGAACGGCGGGCAGGUGCUGCGAGCCCUCGGUGUCUUUCUCGCCCUGGUCAUGUGGGGUGCCGGGCUGGGCUGGCUCGUCCUCGCUGCCACGAGCAUCGCCACUACGCAGAGCUUCCCCUUCAACAUGGGCUGGUGGGGAUUCACCUUUCCCCUGGGCGUCUUCGCCACCUGCACCGGCAUGCUCGCCCAGGAGCUUGACAGCCUCUUCUUCAGAGUAACAACUAUGAUCUUUUCCAUAUCCGUGAUCCUCCUCUGGCUCCUCGUUGCAGCUAGGACCCUUCUGAAGGCCCGGACCGGCGAGAUCUUCGUCGCACCCUGCUUGGCUGAUCUGCGGCCCAAGACGCAACAGGCCGACGCGGACCGGACGGUCUAG